GCAUUCAAUAUUCAUUGUGUGUGUGUCAGUUAAUUUACACAAUGCAUUAUAAGAAGAAUACAUGUUGUGACAAAAGGUGUAUUUUCAUAAGUAGUAGAGUAGUAGAGUACAACAAACAAAUACAAAUCGAUUGUUGGUGUUGCUGUGUUAGUUUGUUUAAAUCAUGUUUGUCUAGUUUGUUUGAUGUUGUACACAACAACAUGUACAACAUGUAACAUUGUAAAAACUAGUCGGUGUGUGUGUAUGUAUGUUUGGUUAAGAUUUAUAGUGUUUCCCUUUUUAUUUUUAAUUGACUGUGUGUGUGUGUGUGUUUGAUCGUUCUUCAUUGAACAUUGAAAAAUUUGAAAGCGAUCAAUAGUUUCUUUGUGUAUAUUUAAACAAUACAUGCAUUCAUUUCAUGCCAAAUAGUAAUAGUAAUUCGACGACUAUGCAACAUCGUCGGUUAUCGAUUAAACUUUACAAUGAAUUUUCACAAAAUUAUCCAACUGUACAAAAUUCUCCAAUACAAAUUGAUAAUCAAUCUUAUUCCAACCGAUCAAUAUUGAUACCUCCUACAGUAAUGACACAAUCAACGGGCAUGCAAACUAUGAAUACAGCACCGGAAGUCAGUGUACAAGUAGAUUUACUCACACAACAAUCAGUAGUAACUCAAACUGAUGCAGAAAUCGAUAUCAAUGUGAUCAAUAGCCCACCAACUUUGAUAGAUGCUUCCACUGAAUCUCCAAUUACUUUGGAAAAUCCCACUGACCCAUUAAAUAUGCUACGUAUGUAUUUGUUGAAUCAGUUGCCAACCAGUGUAUUGAAAGAUGAUAUUAGUAUAAAGAAAUUACAGAAUUGUUCAAUAUGCAUGGAAAAUUAUCAUAUUGAUGAUCGUAUCAUGGGUUUACCAUGUUUCCAUAUGUUUCAUCGACAUUGUUUAUGCGUUUGGAUUGAAAAAAAUCUUCAGUGUCCAAUGUGUAGAAUGCCAAUUUAUGAAGUCGACUGACAAACAAAUGAAUGAACAAACAUUGUAAAAAUUGAAAUUUUUUGAGGUCGAAAUUCAGCUUAACCACUACAGCAAACAAGCUCACUCACGCUCACCCACACUCACACACCUACACACACAUUUCUUUUACAAACAAACAGGUAGAUGAUAAAUACACAUUGAACAUUGAACAAACAAUAUUGUGUUUUACUUUGGUUUAUAGGAAAGCAAACAGGCAUCGAUCAAUAUUGUAUGUCAUUUUGAUUAUCGCAUCAUUUUAUUGUACGUUCACACUAACAACACCGAAUUUGUUGGUUUUUUUCCUUAUUGAUAUGUUGUGCUGUAGUUAGUUUCAUGUACUACGUGCUUGUGUGUACACUAUAUGAAAUUGUAUAGAUAGAUAGAUGGUUUUAAUGAAGGUUGGUAAUUUGAUUAUUGAUUUUUACUAAACUCCGUUGAAAAAAUAUCGAUUUAUUGAUGAUAAAAACAAAUAUUCGUUGUGUAAGGUAAAACAUUUGUCAUGUUUGGCUGUAACAAUUUUUUUUUUGAGUUGUAUGUACUCAUUCAUUGAUGUAGGCGCGCAUAUAUGUGUGAUGUAUUCAUGUGCGUUAUUGAUUUUUGUGACAGUACCGCGAAAUUACUUACUAAAUAUAUCAGUUUUCAUUUUUAA